GAGGAGCAGGACGAGGCCACGGAGGCCAGGCUGAGGGCCCGGCGCGACGUCAGCGCGGUGUCCUACGGCAAAUGGGUUGUGGCCCUCGACAAGGACGUGAAGACCUCCAUGUUGGUGCAGGUGGUAGCAAACGCUUCGAACCCUGUGAUCAAGGAUCCGUGCGGAAACAUCCAGUGCGCUGCCACUCUCAAGUGCCCCGGCACGUUCAAGGUGGAGACGGUGCCGGGCCACUGCUGCCCGUAUUGCGUCAAUCCGGACAUCAAGCUGGAGUCCGUGGUCACCGGCGCGACCGGGUCGAGCGGCGGCAAGGCCAGCGUGUUCUGCGCCAACACCUGGUGUUUCCCCACGAUGUGCACCGUCGCCGAGGUGGCGCCGAGCGCUACCAGCGGCGCCUGCUGCGCCACCUGCCCCGCGUGA